AUGGCGGAACGAGACUCAAGACCACAAGGGCUUGCCGCCGCCGCCGCAGCCGCAUCCGCACCAGUCACGCCAGACCUCAAGAUCAACCCCCCAAGCCCGCUGGCGCUGGCCCAAAAAGUCGACAUGGAGUCCAAAAUGGGCGAGGCAAAGUCAGAAUGGAACACCAAGAACCUGGGCUUCCGCCUCGGAGCCGACUUCUUCAGCGCAGCGUGCGCCGGCACCUUGGUCGCGCCCCUGGUCUCCAUCAUUGACCGCUCCAUCAUGGAAAACGCCUCCGGCCGCCGUCCCCUAGGCGAAUGCGUCCGCUCCUGCCUGAAAGAACUCCUCCUCCGCCCCCACGCCGUCGUCUUCUCCAAACCCUUCGCCCUCAUCUUCGCCCUCUACGGCGGCACCUACCUCACGGCAAACACCCUCGACACCGCCUCCUCCACCGUCCACAACACGCCAGCCUCGUCCGUGACUUCGGGCACCGCCAAAUUCGCCGCCUCGAGCACCGCAAACAUCGGCAUCUGCAUGUACAAAGACCAAGUCUUUGCGCGCAUGUUCGGCCCCCCCGGCGCCACGCCCCGCCCCGUACCGAUGCUCACCUACGCGCUCUUCACGCUGCGCGACUGCAUGACCAUCUUCGCGAGCUUCAACGUCCCGCCGAGACUGGGCCCCUGGCUGAACGAGCGGAUGGGCGAGGAGAUGAGGAAGAAGGUGAGCGGGUUGACCGUCGUGCAGUUCGCCGCGCCGGCCAUGGUGCAGCUCGCCAGCACGCCGCUGCAUCUACUCGGGUUGGACGUGUAUAACCGGCCCAACGCCGCUGCUACCCCUGUGUCGUGGCAGAACCGGUGGCAGUCUGUGGCCAAGAAUUGGGGUAUCAGCACCAUGGCGAGAAUCUGCCGUAUUAUCCCGGCGUAUGGUGUUGGUGGAGUCGUGAACCGCAAGGUGAGGUUGAGUCUCAUGGAGAGGGCGGAGAAGUGA